UAAUGUCAUUUGAGUAAAGCAGCUUGUGCAAUUCUUUGUAUCAAGUUCGAAGCCCCAGCAAAAGCAAAACAGGAAUAGCUGUCCCGCUCUCUCGGCCGAUUGAAGAUGAGAGCCCAUUACGUCCUUGCCUGCCUGGCUGUUUUGGUGGCUACCACUGGAGCCGCCAACAUACGACCCACGGUGAAGGUCGUCAACAAUUCGCUGUAUCGCCGCUACGUGUGCCUGAACAAGUCGAAUGGAUUCCGCGCUCUGGUGCCCGGUAGCUGCUCUAGAUUCUACGAGUGCCAGAACGGUGUCGCUUCCGAGACCAGUUGCCCCGGAUUCUAUGACCCGAAGGUUCAGGGUUGUGUCAACUAUAACACAGGAUGCGUUGAAGUGAUGCAAGUGGCAGGACCCGUUGUUAGCAACAAUGUGGAGCCGUGUGGUGAGACAGUACCGACAACCACUCCCUGUGCUGAAGUCACGACUCCCCCAUGUGAGCCAGAGACAACUCCACCCUGUAACUCAGAGACGACACCAGCAACAACCACUUGCACUACGACAACAUGUGCGACACCAACAACAACUACUUGUACAACACCAACAACAACCACUUGCACUACUACAACAUGUACGACACCAACAACAACUACUUGCACAACAACAAAAACAACCACAACAAAGACAACUACUUGUACAACACCAACAACAACCACUUGCACUACUACAACAUGUACGACACCAACAACAACUACUUGCACAACAACAAAAACAACCACAACAAAGACAACUACUUGUACAACACCAACAACAACCACUUGCACUACUACAACAUGUACGACACCAACAACAACUACUUGUACAACGACACCAACAACAACCACUUGCACUACGACAACAUGUACGACACCAACAACAACCACUUGCACUACGACAACAUGUACAACAACAACAACAACCACUUGCACUACGACAACAUGUACAACAACAACAACAACCACUUGCACUACGACAACAUGUACAACCCCAACAACUACUACAUGUACAACAACAACAACUACAUGUAAAACAACAACAACAACAACCUGUACAACAACCACCUGUGCACCGAUCACGACCCCAACUACUUGUACAACAACCACCUGUGCACCGAUCACGACCCCAACUACUUGUACAACAACCACCUGUGCACCGAUCACCACACCAACAACCUGUACAACAACCACCUGUGCACCGAUCACCACCCCGACAACCUGCACAACAACCACUUGCAGUGGACAAAUAACAACAACGGCUUGUGCUCCUGGAAGCUCUAGCGGUAAAGUAAGACCUUCAUCUGUUUAUGUAAGGCCCGCAGCGAGACCUUUGCACAGCGCUUUGCCUGCGGUCAUGGAUCAGCAUCUGAUGCCAUUGGGUGGGCCGUCGAAUGAGCUAAGCAUGAACCUCUACACCACCUAUGUGUGCCGUAACAAGCCCGACGGCUUUAUGCUUGCCUCCCUGACGAGCUGCAACUACUAUUAUAUCUGUCGCUACGGCAAGCCCCUGCAGGUGAGCUGCGGCGCCAAGUACUUCAAUGCGCUCAAGGGCAUCUGCGAUUUACCAGAGAAUACGCGUUGCAUACAGCCGCGAGCCUAGGAGAAUCGCCCACCCAUUGACGCUACGACCUAUCGAGUCCAAAGAAUAAAUAAAAUACGACGACUCCACCAAAAUUAUCUAUAUACAUAUUUACGAAUAUACUGUUCUACUUAAUUCCAAUUGAAAUACAACAUAAUAAGCAAAUGCCAAUAUAGGCCAGAAACAUGCAAGCAA